GUAUCCGUCUCAGAUUCGUUUGUGAACUGUCUGUUGAAUACGUCAGGCGAAUACACGACAGUAGAACCCAAGAAAACUUUGUCAACUUCCCACGCUCUACCUUCACCCAUGCUUUCAUGUCCCCCGUGUCCCCCAUUGUUAAUGCAGCACAUGCCUAUCCUCGUCAUCACGGACAUCAUGUGUCGUGUAGGUCCGAUCGUCCACGACCGCUGCCAGAUGGCGGCACCGAACGAAGGAGUUCUUCCCCGGGUUGGCGAGCCUGACGAGCAUGGCAUGCGGAAGGUGGACAUCCCAGCACUAGCGCCUCUGGGAAAUUACUUUCUUGGCGCCGAUCAGGUUUCGGAGCCCGUACCGCAGGAGAAAUGCACUCAACGCAAUGUGUACAAUCUCCUGCGCGAUGCGCAAACUUCUCCUCCGGUUCAACGGUUGGACUUCGGUCAGCUUCUCAGCGUUUCAGCAUGGCAGGAUAGCGAAGAAGGGACCACCGCCGUGGACUUCGUGCUGCUUGCUCGGGCCCGUUUGCGGAACCUGCGCCGCCGAAGCCACCACUCCAUGGACCUCUUUGAGGUAGUGGCUGUUCUGAACGUGCGCCUCACCAAGCUCGUGGCUUUCAUCAGCGAAGGACAAGACAAGGAGGUCCCGCCAGCAGUACUUGUCGAGGAAGAGCAGACGGCCCCGGGCUCGGUGCUGCCGACGUUAUCGGCGCAGAGCGUGUUCUCCACACGCGUUCUCGCGGUGGCGACUGGGUCCACCACCGCCAAGGCUCCGGAACUCCCUGCCUUCUCUCAGCAUCUUUGCGAACCUGUGGCUGGCCAGAAUGAUCUUCGACCUGCGGCGCUCGAUCACCUGGUUUUGGCCUACGCCCGGGCCAAGGAGAAGUUCAUCGCGAUUGGACUUCAACCCGCCAACCAGUGCGCAAAGAAGAGGGCAGAACUGGCUGUGCGCUCAGGAGCAUGCUUCGGGUCGGCGGUGCAGCGUACGAAAGCCCUUCAGAUUCAGGUGGCUCAACAUCAACCGGGGAAAAGCGCUGACACCAAUGGCAUCGUGGAAGAGUAUGGCCUUCCGUUCGACAUCCAACCGCUGCAGGAGGACCCCACGGCGACAGUGCGCAGAACGCACGCCUUGGGGAGCAAUGCCGGGCCUUACUACGGGCCUGACGCCCUGCACGACUGCAACCACGGGGAUGACUGCCGCCAAAAGUACGGUGGGAUAGACUCAUGCGCCCAGCUCUCGGGGGUCAACCUCAACGCGCACGAGCAGAACCAUGCGAAGAAGAAAAAGUUUCUGCACAUGUUGAAUGUCAUGAAAUUUGACCGCUUUGCGUUCAUGGUAACUCUGAUCAACGAGACCGAGAAUGAGGCAAUAAACCGCAAAUCGGUGGCAAACAUGGUCAAGCGUGUUCGAGGCCAUGGCUCGGAACGAGUAGAGAUUUGCCAGGCUCAGGUUUGGUUCUGCGGCAGAUGCUUCUGCCAGAAGUCUCUAAUGCGAUCAUUCGACCAGUUCGGCCGGGUCCGGCUGACCUUUGUUAAGCCAUAGCCAUACUUUUGAGGGGGCUCGGAUGUUGUUGUACAAUGUCUCGGAUGCUUUGUGGUACGGUGUCCGCUUGAGCUGAACCGCUUGCGCCAUUACGUCAUUUCGCCCGGUUCGCAGUGGUGGGUAGAGUUCAUUUUUUUUUGUAGUCUUUCGGUUGAUGGUGUGUCGAGGCUGGUGGAAGGAAUAUACAGCUCCGCGUUUUGGGGGAUAGAUACGUUUGGUUUUUCUUGAGGGGAAUUCAUUGAUUUCGCUACACGAUAGGGUUGCUUCAAGAACUAUUUCCGAGCCCACCGACGUUCCGUUUGUCAGCCUUUCACAGCACUUCCAGUACUAUCGACUGCUCGCUGUUUUUUGUGUUUCCAAGAGCGCGAUGUAUCUUUUGCCUUCGAGCCUUGGCUUGAAAGAUGCGUAUCCAAGGACAACCAGACCUGUUCCCAAAUGUGAAAGUAACGAAUUGUCGAAGAACCGUUUUUGAUCCUAUAUCGAAAACAAGGCAGACCUACCUACCAUUGGGUUCGGCUCAUUGCGUUCCAUCCCGAUGAGGGUAGAAAUUAUUUUGUGUUAUGUUUAAGAAAGUUGUCUGGUGCCCACUUGC